GUCGCCGAGUUCCUGCAUUUCCCUUCUGACCCUCCAGGGCUUGUCGCCUCGCCCGACGCCGAUGAUGUGGACUCGUGGGACUGUCUUAGCUGCUCAAACGCUGGCAGCAACACGAAUUGUGUUUGCUGCGCCGAAUGGGUUUCCAGCAUCCGGAAACGGGCUAUGGUACGACACUCCCGGGACCAACUGGGGCCGGGAAUAUCUACCCAUUGGCAACGGAUACAUUGCAGCUAUGACUCCUGGUGGCACAACUCUCGAGACCACCCAGCUGAACCUGGAGUCUCUUUGGUCUGGUGGACCGUUUGAAGAUCCGUCGUACAACGGAGGCAACAAGAUACCGGAGAACCGUGACUCGACGAGGGCUGCAAUGGCUAGCAUACGAAGCGCUAUAUUCACGAGUGAGAACGGGACCAUUGCUGACGACCAGAUGGGCGGAUUGCAAUCGAAUACGGCGCACUAUGGCUCAUAUGCCGGCGCGGGCUACCUCUUCACAACGUUGGGCACCUCGGGUGAUAUCGCUGGAUAUGGGCGCUGGCUCGACCUUGACCAAGCCAUAGCGCGUACGACCUGGACUCAAGGGAACGCCAACAUUGACAGGACGACAUUCUGCUCGCACCCAGCGCAAGCCUGCGUGCAGCAAACCUCGGCAUCCGCCGCGCAGAACAUCACCUACGCCUUCUCCGUCGCGCCUGAGAUCGGCUUGCCCUCGCCAAACGUGACCUGCCUCGACGACGCCACCCUUCAAGUCCGCGGCCUCGCCGGCGCGCCGGGUAUGCUCUACGAGAUCCUGUUCCACGCUCUGUCAGCGGGAAACUCCUCCGUAUCCUGCGCAUCCGCGGACCCCUACGACACCUCCGUCGACACCCUCAACGCUACGCUCUCCGCCUCCGGUACUGAUCUCACCAUCGUUUGGGUCGGCGACACGGAAUACUCGAUGGACGCGGGCGACGAGGCGCACGACUUCUCCUUCCGCGGCGAGGACCCGCACGAUGCUUUGCUUUCGCGCUUGUCAUCCUUGCAAAACAGCACCUUCGCCGACCUGCUCGAAGAGCACCUACAAGACGUUGCUGACUCCACGUUGAACACGUUCGCCCUCGACCUCGGGCAGACACCGCAGCUGGAUAUGACGACCGCGGCGCUCAUUGAUGCGUAUGAGACGGACGAGGGGAAUCCGUAUCUGGAGUGGCUGCUGUUCAGUUAUGGGAGGUAUCUAUUGUGGAGCAGCGCGAGGGGGAAGCUGCCGGCGAACUUGCAGGGGAAAUGGGCGCAUCUGUAUUUACCGCAGUGGGGGUCAGAUUACCACGCGAACAUCAACAUCCAGAUGAACCUCUGGUCCGCGGAGAUGACUGGUCUGGACGUGACGCAGUCCAUGUUCGAUUACAUCGAGAAAACGUGGGUCCCUCGAGGCACGCAGACGGCGCAAAACUUGUACAACUUCGAUGAAGGGUGGGUGGUGCAUGACGAGCUGAACAUCUUUGGCCACACCGGGAUGAAGUGGGGGAAUCCUCAGGCGGCGAACUAUCCUGAGGCGAAUGCAUGGAUGAUGAUGCACGUCUGGGACCACUUUGAAUAUACGAACGAUGUUGAUUGGUGGAAGGCGCAGGGCUAUCCGCUGCUGAAGGGCGCCGCACAAUUUCAUCUCCAGAAGCUCAUCGAGGAUCAGUACUUCAACGACUCUUCCCUCAUAGUCGCGCCUUGCAACUCGCCCGAACAACAGCCUGUCACCUUUGGUUGCGCGCAUUCCCAGCAGCUUCUGUGGCAGCUCUUCAUUGCGGCGGAGAAGGGCUACGAGGCUGCUGGCGAUAAUGAUGGUGAUUUCUUGGAUGCCAUUCGGAACACUCGCGACAAGAUGGACAAGGGGGUUCAUAUCGGUUCUUGGGAACAGCUACAAGAAUGGAAGGUCGACAUGGACGACCCCGACGAUACUCAUAGGCACCUUUCCCAUCUCAUUGGCCUGUAUUCCGGGUACGCGAUCGCCUCGUUCAAUGCGAGCCUGCAGAACAGCCCAUCCUCGAACGCAUCAUACACACGGGAGCAAGUCCUCGACGCCGCGCGCACCAGCCUCACGCACCGCGGCGACGGAUCGGGCCCGGACGCGAACGCGGGCUGGGAGAAGAUGUGGCGCGCGGCGGCGUGGGCGCAGUUGGGGGACGCAGAGAAAUUCUAUCAUCAGUUGACGUACGCCAUCGCCUCGAAUUUCGGCCCCAACCUCCUCGGCGUCUACACCCCCGGCGUCGCCAACUCGACCUUCCAGAUCGACGCGAAUCUGGGACAUCCCGGUGCGGUGCUUAACGCGCUGAUCCAGGUGCCGGAUACGGCGACUUGGGACGAGGCGCUGGUGGUGACGCUGUUGCCUGCGCUGCCUGAACAGUGGUCUUCUGGCGCGAUCACUGGCGCGAGGCUGCGAGGUGGGAUGUCGAUCGAUACGUCGUGGAGUGGAGGGAAGCUGGAGAGCGCGACGAUCGUGGUGGCGGAGAAUGCGAGGGAUAGGGAUGUAAGGAUCGCUGUAGGAGGGGACGUGGUGAAGGAGUUUAGGACGGAGCCGGGCAUGGUGGUGAAUAUAUAGUCAGGAAUUACUUCUCGAACUACUGUAUUCUACCUGUGGAUUGUUGGUUGCUUGGUAGCUCUGCUUAUUCGAUCAGCUCAACAUCGGACGAGUCGGACUUGAACUUGUG